UGCAUCGAUGUCGCGUUGCCCUUGAUUCUCCGAUAAUUACUGUUUUUAAAAAGUAGUUACUUGAUACUUUAAAAAACUCGACUUAAUUAGAUCUGUUCUAGUGCUAGAAGUGCUGUUAACAGUGAUUUGUGGAGUGUUUCAAAUGGUGCUGUGAAAUAUUUGUGUAGCGUCACCUGACCAAGCUCAUUGUCAUUUCCCGCCAUUGUGGACCCUCUGUAAAAUUAUUUUGUCUUUCUUCUAUUACCAAGUGCAGUGUUCAUGAAGAAUUCUUAAAACAUUAAUCUAGCGAACUAAAGUGAUGUCAUUACACGGUAAUGAUGUCUGCUUGCUAGAAGUAGAAGACUAUAACUUGUACGAAGAGGAGGCAUCAAAUCACGCUUUUGCCAGAAGUGAAAAACAUUCAUCAGGUGGUAGGACGAUGGAGGCGGAAAAACGCAUCCGACGGGAGAUAGCAAACAGCAAUGAACGCAGGCGUAUGCAGAGCAUCAAUGCAGGUUUUCAGGCUCUGCGGACCCUCCUGCCUAGGCACGAAGGAGAAAAACUUAGCAAAGCCGCCAUUCUUCAACAGACCGCCGAAUACAUCUACUCACUGGAACAGGAGAAGACCAGACUUCUGUCACAAAAUUGCCAGCUGAAGAGACUCCUGAACCAGCACGAGGGCGGCGAGAUCCCCCUCAAGAAGAGAAAAAGCGAAAUGAUCUCGCACAUCGCGCCGACCACGAUCAUCCCCGACUCGACCGACGACAGCGUCGCCAAGGCGCGAUCGCCCGAGCCGGUCGCCGUCAUCAGCAUCGGCUGCACGAAGAAGGACCCCGAGACCGCCGAGCUGCGCGUGCAGCUGGAGCGCGAGCGGCGGCUGCGGCGCCUGCUCGAGGAGCGCCUGCACGCCGUCUACCCCUCGCCCGCGCCCGCGCCCGAGCCGCAGGACUGCAAGCUCGAGACCGAGGAGGUGGAGGCGCCCGUGCCCGCGCCCGUGCCCGCCCCCACCCCCCCCCCGCCCCCGCCCCCGCCCGCGGCGCCGCUGCUGGAGGCCGCCAUCAAGGCCGAGCCGCGCGUGGAGGUGGAGGUGCUGCCCGUGGCGCCCGACGCCGAGCGCCUGUACCACCUGGCGAGCACGAGCCGGCAGAACCUGGAGACCAUCGUGGAAGCCAUCCGCCACCUGGAGGGCGACCACAUGUUCGGCGACGCGCCGCUGGCGCUGACGAAGAAGGCGCCUGCAGUGGCGCCCGCCGGCGCGCCGCCGCGGCCGGGAGUGAUCGUGGUGAAGCACUCGUGAUCGCGCUGAGCGCGCCGCGGGGCGACCGUUUUCGCUUUCGCUCUUUGAGCGUCCGUGACCCUCCUCGAAUGUAGUUUUAAAAUGUUAGCUGUUUAGUUGUCUUUUCCAAAGUGACGAAUCGAUAAGUCUGCGUCUUGUUUUUUUUACGCGUCGGAGUCGGUCCGCGAGCGUCGGGGCCGGGGGCGAGCGUCGGCGCCGCGCUCGGUUUAGUCUCAAAUGUAAUUAUUAUAAUGCUAAAUUUGAUGUUGUUUUGUUCCUCCGGCUUGAUCUUUUUGAUGGGAGUAGACGAUCGAGGGAUUGACUGAUUCGGUUAAGGUGUCGGAGAGCUGUCCGCGGCGGUUGCGCUGAGGUGAGACAGGUGAGGGAACGGGUGAUGUAAUGUAGGCUUUGUGAUAAUUUUAGAAUGACUACCGAAAAGAGUUUGGUUCGAUAGGAAACUACCACCGAGAAAGCAAUAACGCUGAGUAAUCGAUGAUGGUGUUACUGAGAGGUUGUUCGAAAUGAUACAGCAAUAUUUUGCAUUCUUAAUAUUUUACAAGCAUUUCUAGCGAUAUAAGAUAACCUACUAUAUGUAUAAUGUAUCACAUUUGACUCUCUGUGUAGCUAAGACCGGCGUCUUAUUGCCGAAUUUUGUACUAAUAUAGUAUUAUUAAUAUCAAUUCAUCAUAUAAUAUUCUAAGAUAAUAUGUUUUAUAUAAUACAUGUUUCCUUAAAUCUAUGAUUGACUUCAAAAUUAUGAAUAUGUAUUGUGUAUAUUGAAAAUAGUAAUCGACUUGGUCUACUGACUUGGGCAAAAUUGUAUAUCCAGUGUUUUGUUUUCUAUGCUUUUUACAAUCACCCAGUGCUCGGAUCGCCCUCGAAAUUAUAGCCAUUAUUUAAUAAUGAUGACAGUUGUCAAUAAAUAAACUAGAUAAUAUUUUUAGUAUCCGAAAUUAGAGCAUUCCAUGUAGUUUCACAUUUGACUAAGGAUCAAUCUACUUGUAAAACAUGGAUUGAAAAUGAGUUAUUAUGUAUUUUAUUAAAAUGGUUAGAAUAAUUCAGUAAAUCCAAUUAAAAUAAUCAAUCAUGGGCACCGUUUUAUAGUAAAUUGACCUGGUUCGUUGUUAGCCAUGCUGGCGACUGCUGGAAACUCUGCUAAUGCUCGGAAAGUGGCAAGUUCAGGAAACCUAUUUAAACAAACUUUGUUUGUUAGUUUCCUUCAUGGCCAUUGUUAUGUUUUUAGCUGAAUUAUAGGUAGUCAAUAAAUUGAAAGUUUAGACAGAAGGCCGAUUUCUAUAGUAAAAUAGAUAACAAGCACAGAAUACUGGGCUUGGAAAUCUCGCUCGAGUUAAAGUGUAACAGGAAUUGGCGAUAAGCAGGCACUCGCAACAAUUGAUGAUCUAAUCAUGUAUUAAAUAAAUAGCAUUAGUGUAUAUGUUCUGUUACUAUUUGUACUCUUAUUAGGCCGUAGAGUGUGGGCCGGCGAGCUCGCGUUAGUUAGUGAUCAUAGACUAUUAUCGUUUGCUUCAGUGUGCUGACAUUUUGUUAAAGACGUAACUUACAGUGCUUUAGGUUAACGCUUUCCCUCGUAAGUUCUUAGAAUGUAUGUUAUUUUAGUUCGACUCAGCAACAGAGUGGAUCCGCGUCAUGUUGUCAGUGUCGAGAUCCUCCAGGGUCGUAUUUUUUUAAGACUGAUCACUUGUUCAUUAUUAAGUUCUGUAAUUUGUGCCACCAUAUUGGUAGUGAGCCGUGUUUGUGUGAGUGUAACGAAUGUGUCGCUCGUAUGUAUGCGGGGAACGAGGAACCCGGCGGCGUCGUAGAUCUUAUACUUCAAAUUUUUUGUGUAAGUGAUAAUUAGUUAAGUGAAUACGCGCCGAAAUUUUGUAAAUGCCUUAAUUUUAUAAGAUCCCCACCCUGCCGGGUUUCGAAAUGCGCGCGUGACAUGAGCACUUAGUUGUUAAAUUAUGUCCAAUAUUGACAU